AUGAUUAAUCAUUGCUUGCAUAUUUUUAUAUGUUGCAUCUCUCUUCUCACGGUUUAUCAAUGUCACGGAUAUUCUACAACGGACGAAAUUUCCUUAGAUGCAAAAGUUCAGCAAUCACCAUUAAUUGUUCUUGGUAUUUCAUUGAAUAAACAUUUUUAUACCAAUAUUCACAAUGUAUUCAAUGUUUCAUUUCUCGUUCAAUGUAUUCUGAAAGGUGAACCAACUCAACAAGUUAUACAAAUCGUUCAAGCGGGUUCACUUCUCGGUCGUCGUGCCCAUCAAAAUUUGGAUGCUAAUCGAGAAUAUCUCGUUUUCCUUGAACCGUUCUUCCAGGGAACCUAUCGACCUGUUGAUUUGGAAGAUAUACCCUAUAGUAUUCAAAUCGAUGAUUUAUUAGCAAAAACAUGUGGUCUCUCCCGAACAUAUCCGUUCAUGGAAACGAAUGAUACCGAAGCAGCGCUGAUAAACAAAUGCCCAGCAGUAGUUUCCGUUCAUUGUCAAUCGGAAACGAAGAAAACGCCAAGCAUUCCGUUAUUCAAUGAACAUGAUCCACUUCAGCUCGAAGCAUUAUCAUUACUGUUUGCUGAUCAUUCAUCACGAAAUCUCAGUUCAUCGAACUUUCCACAAAAAUCACUUUAUUCCGAUGAUCAAACGGAUAAAAAUAGAGCCAAUCAGUUCUCAUUUCCUUUUCUUUUUCAUCUCGUUUUAUUUAAUAUCCUUCAUUUUUCAUAG